CAGGGAAGUAUCAAAACUGUUUACCUGUCAGAAGGUUAUGUUACCUGUUGUCUACCGGACCGUUCCCGUGAGUAACACCACGUAGCUAUCUUCAAGAUAUCUUCAACUGUAAGGUCUGAACGUACAGCGAUACGAAGAUGGCAUUCUUGUACAGCAUAGCUGAGGGCAGAAAUCUGUUCCCCUUUGUAGUCGCUCUCUUACUGAUGUUCGUCCGGUCUUCUGAUGGAGUAGACUAUUGGCUUGGAGCGAACUACUGGAAUAGUCGUUAUGGUACCUUCGGAAUUAACUACGAAACAGGAACUGACAUGUUUAGCGGUCUGUUUUCUCACGACAACACGAGAGUUAACUAUCGGCGUCCUAACGCGGACUACACCGGUGUCGGUUACUGCUCCGGUUGUACCUGCAACCAGCUAACAAGGACGGUGUCCUGUGGGUCUACCACUGCGUACGUUAAACGUCAGUCCUUCGAGUUCAACCUGACAGAGACCACAUUCUCAACAUCAGUUACAGAAAUUACGAUUAUCAACUCGAGACUACAGUACAUCGAGGACAGGACUUUCUCAAAUCUUAGAAGUCUACAAAAGUUGACAAUCCAUGGAACUGAUCUGAAGUAUUUUCCGGACAUUUCCAAUUGUACAUCCCUUCAAAGACUAGAUUUGAGCUACAACAACAUUGCUUUCCCUGUUGGAGUGGAUCCAAAACUACGGUUUUCGGACACGCUUACUCAUGUGAGCCUCAUGGAAAACAACAUCAGUUGGGUGCCUCGCGGACUAUUCUCUGGGACAAAGAUUCGCCUCUUAGGUCUCAGUGUGAACAAGAUCAAACAGUUUCCAUCAAAUGCUCUGGAAAACAUGGCUGACCUCGAGUUUCUAUCUCUUGACCAGAAUAAGUUGACGUCAUUGUCAAGAGUAACUCUGGACACCCUUGCAGAUUCGAACAUCAUGCAUCUCAACUUUAGUAACAACGAAAUCAGCUACAUCGGAGCAAAGGCAUUUCUUCGGCUGACCAAUUUGAAGAUCCUGGAACUGCACCGAAACUUGAUGACUACCAUAGGGUGGAACACAUUCGACAACUAUCACAGUCUACUGCACAUAGACUUGAACAACAACAAGCUAAAGAAGCUACCAAGCCGUUCUUUCACAAAUAUGGGCGAGCUGAGAACAUUGAUCCUUCACAGUCAACAGACGCCAGAUCAUGAAAUGUCGGCUAUCAUGUUCGAUGCAUUUUACAACCUUACUCAACUGACGACUUUGUUCAUCAGUAGCAAUAAACUGACGUCUUUUCCACAUCCUGCCUUUUCUGAAGAGGACUGGCCAAACUUACAAUUCCUACACGCGGACCACAACAACAUCGUCAAUGUAACUGAGUACUCCUCUGAUGCCUUCGAGGGUGUGUACCUGUCUCUCUAUGCAGCCAGGAGAAAUCAACACGAGGGUCAACCAUUUUCAAAGCUGUCAUCUAUUCGGACUCUGUGGCUUAGCGACAACAACAUACUCUCUAUUCGUGAGGACGACUUGUGUAAUCUCGGAAGCCUAUCAACUCUUGAGCUUGGUUCCAACUCGCUGGAUGAGACAACGCUGCAGUCUGGAGCUUUCCGAUGUCUUGGGAAUCUGAGAAAUCUUCGUCUUGGCAGCAAUCGUAUCCAAUACCUACCAGUGUCCAUGUACGAUGACAUAUAUCCUCCAGUUGUUGUGGAAUUGGACCUUCGAUCUAACCGACUUACCUUUCUACUGGAGGGAACCUUCAGUAACCUGACUUAUCUAAGCAAUCUCAUCCUGAAUUCAAACAAAAUCAUCACCAUUGAAGACGGAACAUUUCCGGACCACAUCGGUGCCAUAUAUCUACAAAGCAAUACAUACUUUGACUUUCGUCAUCAGAACCCAUUCAACAACCUGACGCAGCUGCGGGGCCUUGCUCUGGAUGGCAACUCCAUCACAGAUAUCCCAGAGACUGCACUGUAUGGACUAGGAAAUCUAGUAGGACUGAUACUAAGUAACAACAAACUAGGCUGGAUAAGGAAGGAUGCCCUGAAGGAUUGCACCAGCUUACAGACACUGAACCUCGAUCACAACGAGAUUGGAUAUAUCGAGGAAGGGACCUUGGAGCAGAUUCCAAAUAUCAACCAUGUGCAACUGAAUAACAACGACUUAACCUCUCUUCCGAAUACUGGGGAUUUCCACACGAUCACAGGCAACGAUCUCACCUUCCAAAACAAUAGGAUAACUGCGAUCCGCAACAACACGUUUAAGGAAGUUAGCGCAGAUGUACUGAAUCUGGAAAGCAACUCCAUUUCCAUCAUAGAAGGAUACGCCUUCAACGAUGUUUCAACAUCAACGAUCGAUCUGGAUAACAACCCGACAAAGUUUGUAGACUCCUAUGCCUUCAACGUCAUACGCUGUGUGACGAACCCGGGAACAUUGUCCUUCAAGAAUGCUGAAUUUGAGUUGCUGAACUCUUACGUACUGAACGAUGUUCAUGUCAGAUAUUUGUACCUCGAUGGAGGAGCGAUAACCGACAUAGCACCCUACGCUUUUAAUGAAGUCAACGUCGAUUAUGAAUUGGACUUGCAGAAUAACAGGAUAUCGUCAAUAAGGGAACACGCUUUCCACACGGUUUCCAGUCGAAACAUGCAAAUGAGUGCAAACACCCAACUGACAUCAAUAGAGGAGGAAGCUUUCGAUGUAACGAUCACCAACAGUCUUGAUCUAUCAAACAAUGCCAUUAAGGUGGUAAGGGGGAAAAUCUUCAGUAACGUGUCUGUCGUCAAGGACCUCCACCUAGAAAACAACUUGAUCUACUACAUAGAUCCUGAUGCAUUCGUCGGUGUGACCCUUACCCUGAUUAACCUUGACAACAACGCAUUGCUGACAUUGGAUUCGAAUCUGCUCAGCACACAGGGUAGUCUCAAGAACUUAUCCAUGGCAAACAAUCGACUACAACAGAUACCAGUUGGUUUCCUGGCUUCCCUUGUGCAGCUUGGUACCCUGUAUUUGUCGGGGAAUCUGAUUGAAAUGGUGGAGUCCAAUACCUUCGACAAUCUGGCAAACAUUGAAGAACUUGACCUGUCCAACAACAGAAUCCAGUUCCUAGCAGACAAUGUCUUCGAUGGUAUCAAGAACAACGCGCGACUCAAUAUUGACCUGAGUGGGAACCCUCUAGCCUGCAGCUGUUCCAUGAUGACUAUGAUGGCAGACCUAUGGAACCUUACUACCUUCACAGGGGGUGAAUGUGGAACCCCUGCCCAGGCAGCUGGCGUGUCCUUCGCCUCCUCACAAAGAAAUACCAGCAGUAACUACUUCUUAUCCGUGUGUCCUGAGACAUUCGUUUGUGAACCGGAGAAUGUGCAGGCACUAGCUUCGGGUCAGAAUGAGAUCACAGUCUCAUGGACGCCCCCUACCGACCCGUACCCCUCCCAUCCCGGGUUCGACAUGUAUACAUCAGGAUGUACUGACAUCGUAACCAACAGUAGCUACGGAACCUACGAUGUGAACUGCACCAGCAGCGAUGCUCCGGACCUCGCCGCUGAUGGAGUCACAAACUCGUCAGUAGUGUUCGACGCUGCAGAUGACGUCAGGGCCGGCACAGACUAUGUCUGCACCGUGAUUCGGAACGACAACGGGAGCUACAGCGCAGUGGGGUGGCCAGAGCCAGUCACAACUUUAGAGGACUUAGUUUCCGUGAAUGUAACGGCGUCUAACGUAACGGACGACCUUGACCUGCCCAUCACGUACUAUGACUUCAGUGUGAACCACCCGGACUUUGACGGUACCAGACAGGGAGACCUGGGAGAUCCCAUUUACGUCAACAGUCCGUUUGGGGCAUUUCUGGCUCUAUCGGACAACCCCGCCACUGACUCCAUCUCUCAGUGGUUCGCGUCCGUCCCUAACGUGAACUACGUCAGAGAAGCGACGCUGACGCUGGAGAAACAAAAUGAUACGGAUACCUACAGGUACACUUGCUUCUUUUGGAUUGCAUUAUCAAGCUAA